GGCCAGACCCAUGUGCGGGAGUGAAGUGCAGCGACAAGGAUGCCCAGUGCGUGCGCAAGGGCGAGCAGGGCGAGCAGGGCGAGCAGGGAGUGUGCGAGUGCAAGAGCGGCUUCAAUAACUUCAACGGGCAGUGUGUGGCCACAGACCCAUGUGACACGGUGGAGUGUCCUCCACUGAGACAGUGCGUGGCGAGGGGGAAGAAGGGCGUGUGCGAGUGCUGGGAGGGCUACACUGAGACCAACGGGGAGUGCAUUGCACCAAACCCGUGCGACGGCAUGGAGUGUGGGGAGAAUGCAAACUGUUUGGUGAAGGGCGGGAAAGGCGUGUGUGAAUGUGCUCAGGGCUUCAGCCUGAGGAGAGGCAUGUGCAGUGCCCCAGUGGAGCCCUGUACAUACACGGACUGCCCGCCGGGCUCACAUUGCGUUGCUAAGGGCGGGAAAGGUGUCUGCCAGUGCAUCAACUGCGGUG